AGCUGGCAGGAACAGCGCGCCCGGCACGUGCGGGACCUGCAGAUCAUCGACACGUACCGGGAACACGUCAAGGACGAGAGCAUCUCCCGGAUGCUCAGCCAGGCCAUCACCGCCACCCACACCGUGCGCGCUGUGCUGGGGACGGCCGAGGUCUUUGUCAUACUGGACCCGAGGGAGUGGCGCCACUUCAAGGAGCUGACCAAGAGCGUUACGCCAGUGGAGGAGGAGAUGUUCCACCUCCGUGAUGACCUCGGGCCUCAGGUCUACCUGCGCCCCAAGGAGACCAUCCGCAUCCCCUUCAAAUACCAGACCUUCUCCGCAGACCCUGCCGUCGUUGCAGCACAGCCCCAGCCUCAUGUGGUGGACCAGACCUUUCGCUUCUACCACCCGGAGCUCACCUUCCUGAAGAAGACAAUUCGGCUGCCCCCCUGGCACACCCUCCCCGGUGCGCCGGUGGGGAUGCCAGGUGGGGAACCUGAGAUGUUUGUUCGCUGCAGCGACCCUGACAUCAUUUGUGAAACCAAAAAAAUGGGGCCCGGGGAGCCACAGGACAUCUUCUUAAAAGUAGCCGGAGGACCAAGCCCGCAGAUCAAAAAGUUCUUUGUUGCUAUUUAUACGGAUGCCUGGUUGGCAGCGCCCGUCCAGAUCUGGCAGUUCUACCUGCACUCGCUGCAACGCCUGGAUGUCAGCUGUAUGGCCGGGCAGCUCACCCACCUCUCCCUGCUGCUGCGGGGCACCCUGGCACCGCGGAGGGUGCGGGCAUUCACCUCCCACCCCCAGGAGCUGGAGGUGGAUCCAGACGGUGCCUUCCUUCUCCCCGCCAACGGCAUCCAGGACCUGCACAUAGGUGUGAGGUCUCGGCGGGCUGGCAGCAGGUUCAUCUACCUUAACUUGGUGGAUGUGGAAUCCCACCAGCUCGUGUCCUCCUGGCUGCUCUGCCUGUCCUGCAGUCAGCCCCUCAUCUCCAAGGCGUUCGAGAUCUCGCUCCCCGCAGGAGGUGGGAGAGGCUGCAACAAGCGCAUCACCUACACCAACCCCUACCCCUCGCCCCGGCUCUACUUCUUGGGUACCAACCGGCCCGACCUCCUACAGUUCAAAGAAGACUCCUUCGAGGUCGCCGGCGGGGAGGUGUACACCAUCGGCUUGCGCUUCGCCCCGAGCCAGAGCGCGGGUGAGGAGGAGAUCUUGAUUCAUAUCAACGACCACGAGGACAAGAAUGAGGAAACCUUCUGUGUGAAGGUCCUCUACCAGUGA